UCUCCAAUUCAGUGUCCAAAAUUUGCACAGGUGUCUCUAUCGAAUAUAAUAUGUGUAACCUAUGUAGAAAGAAAAAGAAAAGAAACAAAAAUUAAAAUUCUGUUCAUUAGAAGCAUCAAGUCUAUUUUCGGAUAUUGCACUUUUUGUUGAUCGGGAUUGAGUGACUUGGUGUGCGAGUGUACGUGCGGGAGGGCCAAUGGGGCGAUCUUAUGGGCAUAGGGAGGGCCCCCACUCUUUUUCUUGGCACGCGCCCAGAUUUUGUAAAUAUAGAACAGCUAACACGUUUGUCAGACUCAGUGAAACAGAAGCACCACACGAAGACGCAACUCCUGUUUCCAAAAAGAUUCCUCAUCCAACGCAUAUAUAUAUACACACACCUAUAUAUAUAUAUAUUAAAGCUCAAAGAAGGAACGAAGGACUUCGUUUCAAUGUGUCUGUGAUCCUGAAAAUCGGAGAGGCCGCUGAAAACGAAACGGGCCCUGUCAACAAACAACAAUCGCAACUGACGUCGCCCAUAAUCCACCUGUUUUCCCAUCUAUUUGCAAAAUUUUGAAAAGAUUAUUUCUUACUGGUUCGCGAAAUCGGGAUUAAAUCGCGUCUUAAAUCCUCGCGGUCUCUGUGAAUGCAUUUCCUCUCCACCUCAUUUCGUUCGUAUCUUGACUUGUCCUCAGUGAUCUGAAAAUAUGCCUCGAGCCUUCCUCAUCAAUCAUCGACGCUACAACGACGAGGAAAUGGAACGCAAAGAGGCUAGUCCGGAGAGGGUCGUGAGUGUUGCGGAGGCCGCGAAUUCCGAGUCCGAGAAUAGUUCGGAAUGUCCGGAUGAACUGUACAACCUCACCAAACUGGCCGAGGUCAGUUUGGCUGCCGCUGCUGGGAAAAUCCUGCACCAUAGACACCUUUCCACCAAAAUGGAUGAACCAACUCAUACUUAUACGCACAAACUCUUCGACAAAUCCUCGAGAAGGCCUCACCUUACGAAGAAGGAGAACGUGCUGACCACGAGUAAUGACAACAGUCCGCAGAAGGUCCAAAAUUUGACGACAGUAGAUGCGAGCACCCAAAACGAAAAUCACGAGCAUGAGUGCACGGAAUGUGGAAAACGAUACAGCACUUCCAGUAACUUAGCUAGACAUCGGCAAACGCACAGAAGUCCAGCGGACAAGAAGGCCCGAAGAUGUCCACAUUGUGAUAAACUAUAUGUAAGCAUGCCAGCUUACUCGAUGCACGUUCGAACGCACAAUCAAGGAUGCAAAUGUCAGUACUGCGGCAAAUGUUUUUCCAGACCAUGGCUUCUCCAAGGCCACAUCAGAACGCACACUGGUGAGAAGCCGUUCAAGUGUUCCAUCUGCAACAAGGCGUUUGCGGAUAAGUCGAAUCUUCGAGCGCACGUGCAGACUCACUCCAAUACAAAGCCUCACGUUUGUGGAAGAUGCGGCAAGGCGUUCGCCUUAAAGUCAUACUUGUACAAGCACGAGGAAUCUUCGUGCAUGAGGAUCAACGGAAGACACACAUCGCGCGAGACUACACCAGACAAGUCGACGUCUUCGCCAACGCCGGUCAUUGUUUCCGUCAAUUCCGUGAUCAAAAGCAACGAGAAUUUCCAUGCAGUUCGACCGCCAAUGUUCUACCGGUCGACAGUGAUCUCCCCAAAUCCAGAGCGGCUCCUCUAUUCUACCAUUGAACAUCCGUCCGUCAUUCUCAAUUCGAAUCGCUUCAGCCUGAAUCCACUCAUUCAAGAACAACCAAUGGACUUUUCACCUUCCAGAAGCUUUCAGAAAGGAUCGGAACGAUACUCGAUCGGAUUGGCGAUCGCAGUCUGAAUCUAAUAUAGACAGAAAAUUUGACUAAUUUGAUAAGGGACCAUUUUGUAAAUACUGAGCGAAUAUCAUUUGUGGUGCUAACAAAGAUAUAUGAGUUGCGUGCGGCUUUCUUUUUCUUAAUGUACAUAUGGCAAAGGUUCUUUCUUGGCCGAUAGUUUACUUAGUUUUUUUUCGUUUCGUUAUUUUUUCUCUUUAUUUAAUUAAUUUAAUUGUUGAUAGAAGCCAAAACAUGUUUUGGAUUUUCUUAGACGAGAGUGCUCCUAGUCGGAAAGAUGCGCUUCUUUUCCGCUAUACAAUUUAGAUUUGAUCUUUGGCAUUGAAGCGCACAAACAUUUAGAUUUUAUUAUUUAAUUUAUUGUAUUAUUAUUAUUGUUUUCAUAACAGCAGGCGAGUCAGUUUACGUACUAAUCAUUUUCUUUUGUUUUAGUUUAGUUCUCCUUUUCUUUAAUGUUACUUUUACGUAUAUCGGCUAAUAUGUUUCCUAGUCAUUUCUUUAUCAUUAUUAUUGUUUUAUUGUUUCGUUCUAAGGCCGAUCCGUGCAAUAUUACUAUUAAGAUUCUUAUAUAAUCUAGAUACUAGUGUACUUCUUAAUCCAUA